AAUACCACGUGUCAUGUCUAUAGUUUAGUUGAUGCAUUACACUAUAUUAAAAAGACAAAUCAAGCUCUCUUUCCGUAUGUAAACUUAAUAAUGGCGGUGGGAAAAAAUAAAGGGCUUUCCAAAGGAGGCAAAAAGGGAGUUAAAAAGAAAAUUGUAGAUCCUUUUACUCGCAAAGAUUGGUAUGAUGUCAAGGCACCGUCUAUGUUUACUACUCGCCAAAUUGGCAAAACUCUUGUGAAUAGAACUCAAGGAACGAAAAUCGCCUCCGAAGGUUUAAAAUACCGUGUCUUCGAAGUUUCUCUUGCUGACCUUCAAAAUGAUCAAGAUGCAGAGAGAUCUUUCCGAAAAUUCAGACUUAUUGCUGAAGAUGUACAAGGACGUUCAGUUCUUACCAAUUUUCACGGUAUGGACUUGACUACAGACAAGCUUCGGUCUAUGGUGAAGAAAUGGCAAACAUUAAUAGAAGCCAAUGUUGAUGUCAAAACUACUGAUGGAUAUUUACUUCGAGUAUUUUGCAUUGGUUUUACUAACAAAGACCAAAUGAGUCAAAGGAAGACAUGCUAUGCUCAACAUGCACAGGUCCGUAAUAUUAGAAGAAAAAUGGUAUCAACCAUCACAGAUGAUAUUUCCAAGAGCGAUCUAAAAGGUGUGGUAAGCAAAUUGCUUCCUGAUGCAAUUGCAAAAGAUAUCGAAAAAGCUUGUCAAGGCAUCUAUCCUCUUCACGAUGUCUACAUUCGAAAAGUGAAGGUUUUGAAGAAACCACGAUUCGAAUUGAGUAAAUUGCUUGAGCUGCACGGCGAUGGUGGUGGUGGUAAAAGCAGUGAGCCUGGUGAAACCGGCUCCAAGGUAGACAGACCUGAAGGUUAUGAACCACCAGUGCAAGAGUCUGUUUAAGAACUAUUUAGAAAAAAGAUACUUUGUAAAAUAAAAUAAAAAUAAUAAAAAAAUAAACAAUGAAAAAAAAAAAAAAUUAAACAAACAAAA